GGACAGGAGUUAUCUUUAUCUGUUGGCUAUGGGGUGGAACAUUGUCUACCAGUUUCGCAGGGCUCAGAAUGAGAUUGACCAAUAUUUGAAGAUUAUUCCUCUUAUCACUCUAGUGGAUAAUGCUCGAGUCAGGGAGAGGUUGGAAUUUAUUGAAAGGGACCAGCAUGAAUACACAUUGGAGGCUGAAGACAUGAGGGUGCAAGAAGUGAUUAUGAAACCAGAGCCUUCUAAAGAUGAUACCAUUAUAUUAACGAAGAACCUUUCUUGUUCCUACCCAAGAGUACCUAUCAAUGAGGCAAUUAAAAAAGAAAAUGAAAAACUGCAACUAGAAUUGCAACGCUCACAAGCUAAUUUAGAUGUAGGUCAGUGUGAAUUCAUUCAGCAUCUUCUGGAUGUCACAGAGGUAGUUGCCACUAACUCUCUAUCAUUGAAGAGUUCACCUACCAAGCCUCCCAAAAAGUUGGAUGAAAGUUACUCAAAUGUCGAUAGUUACACGGAACAUUACGUUGAAAGUUAUGCCAAAAGUGAAGAGAAACGGGAAACUUCAAGGUAAGUAAAAGAUAAUAUGAUUUUUGCUA